AUUUAUUCAGCUGGACAAUGGCCUCCGAGCUCUCCUCAUCUCUGAUAUGGUGUCCUUGGGUCACACUGCCAGUGACUCCUCCGAUGAAGAUGAUGAAGAAGAAGACGACGAUGAUGAUGAUGAAGAGGAGUGGGACUCUGAAGAAGAGGGCGAGGAGGAUGAUGAUGAAGAAGAUGAAGAUGAGGAGGAUGAGGACAGCGAGUGUACCAAAGACAAGAAGGGGUGCUCUGAGAAGCUGUCUGCAGCUGCCCUCUGCAUCGGAGUGGGAAGUUUCAGUGAUCCAGAAGAUCUACCCGGGUUAGCGCACUUCUUGGAACACAUGGUUUUCAUGGGCAGCGAAAAAUACCCAGAUGAGAAUGGCUUUGAUGCGUUCCUUAAAAAGCACGGAGGCAGCGAUAAUGCCUCAACAGACUGCGAACGCACUAUUUUCCAGUUUGAUGUACAGAGAAAGCAUUUCAAGGAGGCCCUGGACCGGUGGGCACAGUUCUUUAUCUCCCCGCUGAUGGUCAGUGAUGCUGUAGACCGGGAAGUACAAGCUGUGGACAGUGAAUAUGAGCUCGCUCGGCCUUCUGAUGCCAACCGUAAGGAAAUGCUUUUUGGGAGUCUGGCAAAACCUCAGCAUCCAAUGGGAAAGUUUUUCUGGGGAAAUGCUCAGACUUUGAAGUAUGAACCCGAAGCGAACAACAUUGACACCCACAGCCGGCUCCGAGAGUUCUACAGGACGUACUACUCUGCGCACUACAUGACGCUGGCUGUGCAAUCUAACGAAACUUUGGAUACACUGGAAGAAUGGGUGAAGGAGAUAUUUAGUAACGUUCCCAAUAAUGGUUUGCAAAAACCUGAUUUUAGUUACCUGAGUGACCCUUUCGACACCCCAGGAUUUAAUUCACUUUACAGAGUCAUCCCCAUUAAGAAGGUUCAUGCUCUCACUAUAACAUGGGCUCUUCCACCCCAAGAAAAGUUUUACAAGGUGAAACCUCUUCACUAUAUUUCGUGGCUCAUUGGACAUGAGGGUAAAGGCAGCAUUCUGUCCCUGCUGCGCAAGAAGUGCUGGGCACUCGCUCUGUUUGGAGGAAACAGUGAGACCGGCUUUGAGCAGAAUACAACAUACUCUGUGUUCAGUAUUUCCAUCACGCUGACAGACGCAGGAUAUGAACACUUUUAUGAGGUUACUCAUUUGGUAUUCCAGUAUCUGAAAAUGUUACAGCAUCUGGGCCCACAAGAGAGGAUCUUCCGGGAAAUUCAGCGAAUUGAGGCCAAUGAAUUUCACUAUCAAGAGCAGACUGAUCCUAUAGAAUUUGUUGAGAAUAUCUGUGAGAACAUGCAGCUGUUCCCCAAAGAAGAUUUACUGACUGGAGAUCAGCUUCUCUUCGAGUACAGCCCUGAUGUGAGU